CCAGCCCGCCUGCCUGCCUGCGGGAGAGCAAGCCCAGCCAGCCCGCGAUGGGGAGCCGCGGCCGUGCGCAGCGCCUGCCACCGGGGCGCAGGACCGGUUGGAGCCUCGUUACGGGCUAAGCGGCUGGGCCUGGCGGGUAGGAGCGGGGCGGCACGCGCGGCGGCAGAGCCACGGGCGGGCAGAAGCGGCCCCGGCCGGCCCCACCUGGGUCCCGGCGCGCGCGGGGUUGGGGGGCCGCUCCCUUCCCUUCCCGGCGCGCCCCUUUGUUUCCCGUCGGCCGGUGCCGCGCGAGAUGGGCGGCGGGGCCGGCUGAGCCGCGGGGGCCGGCGCGCGCCUCGAGGGCGGCAAGAUGGUGGAGCCGGUGGGCUUCGCCGAGGCUUGGCGCGCCCAGUUCGCCGACUCGGAGCCGCCCCAGAUGGCGCUGCAGUCGGUGGGCGACAUCGAGCAGGAGCUGGAGCGCUGCAAAGCCUCGAUCCGGCGCCUGGAGCUGGAGGUGAACAAGGAGCGCUUCCGCAUGAUCUACUUGCAGACGCUGCUGGCUAAAGAGAAGAAGAGCUACGACCGCACGCGCUGGGGCUUCAAGCGCGCCUCGCACGUGCCCGAGGACGCCGACCCCCCGGCGGCCGCAGACGGCGGCAAAGGCGCCGGCGAGGAGAAGCUCAAGCGGGGCCUGGAAGACGCCGAGGCCCGCUGCGAGCCCGACGUGUCGCCUUCCAAGCACCGGCCCGCCUCCGGCCGCCGGCUCCCCAGCAGCAGCAGCAGCGGCAGCAGCGCCGACAAGGAAGGGGCCUUCGAGCCGGUGGGCAAGGAGCGGGCGUCGGCCAGCAGCGUGGCGGCGCUGCGCUCCAACUUCGAGCGCCUGAAAAGGGCGCCGUCGUCGGACGGCCCGGAGAAGCCCUUCUACGUCAACCUGGAGUACCACCACGAGCGGGGCCUGGUGAAAGUCAACGACAAGGACGUGUCGGACAAAAUCAGCUCUCUGGGCAGCCAGGCCAUGCAGCUGGAGCGCCGCCGCGCGCUGCCCUCGCCCCGGGCCCGGGCCGCGGAGGGCGUCUGCGCCCUGGACGGCGAGUACGAGGACGCCGAGCUGAAUGCCCGCUUCCUCAAGGACAACCUGCUCCACGCCAACGGGGCUGGACGCCCGUCUUGGCAGCCGGUGGACCUGCAGCCCUACCAGAGCAUCUACGUGGGCGGCAUGAUGGGGGGCGAGGGCGAAGGCGGCCGGGGCUCCCUCCUGCGCCACCCCAGCGCGGCCGAGCCCGAGAAGCACCUCACUUGGCCCCGGCGCUCUUACUCCCCACGCAGCUUCGAGGACAUCGGCGGGGGCUACACGCCGGACUGCAGCUCCAACGAGAACCUCACCUCCAGCGAGGAGGACUUCUCCUCCGGCCAGUCCAGCCAUGUGUCGCCCAGCCCCACCACCUACCGCCUGUACCGGGACAAAAGCCGGUCUCCUUCCCAAAACUCGCAGCAGUCCUUCGACAGCAGUAGCCCCCCAACCCCCCAGUCCCAGAAGCGCCACCGGCAGCAACAGGUCAUCGUGUCCGAAGCGACUAUUGUGGGUGUGCGGAAAACGGGUCAGAUCUGGCCCAGUGACAGUGAGCUGCUGCCCGGGAGGCCCUCUCUGGAAAGUUGUUUCCAUGGAGACGCUGAUGCCUCCUUCAGUGGGAUACCCCCCAGCUAUGCCUAUGAUGUGGACAGGGCUGAGGAACAGCGGCGACAUCAUGACCAGAUGCCCUACAUUGAUGACUCACCUUCUUCCUCACCACAUCUCAGCUCCAAAAGCCGGGGUAGCCGAGAAACCCUCUCCUCGGGUUCGCUGGAGUCCACAAAAUCAAGCGAGCCAGACUUGGAGAAGGGCUUGGAGAUGAGAAAAUGGGUCCUAUCUGGAAUUCUGGCUAGUGAAGAGACUUAUUUAAGCCAUCUUGAAGCUCUGCUGCUGCCCAUGAAGCCUUUGAAAGCUGCUGCCACCACCUCCCAGCCUGUGCUGUCAAGUCAGCAGAUUGAAACCAUCUUCUUCAAAGUGCCUGAGCUCUAUGAGAUCCACAAGGAAUUCUACGACGGACUCUUCCCACGUGUUCAGCAGUGGAGCCACCAGCAGCGGGUCGGGGACCUCUUCCAGAAGUUGGCCAGCCAGCUGGGAGUGUACCGGGCCUUCGUGGAUAACUAUGAGGUUGCCAUGGAGACGGCAGAGAAGUGUUGUCAGGCCAACACUCAGUUCGCAGAAAUCUCUGAGAAUCUCAGGGCUAGAAGCGCCAAGGAUUCUAAAGACCAGACAACAAAGAACUCCUUGGAAACUCUCCUGUACAAGCCAGUGGACCGAGUAACCCGCAGCACACUUGUCCUUCACGACUUACUGAAACACACUCCUUCAAGCCACCCUGACUACUCACUCCUGCAGGAUGCCCUCCGCAUCUCCCAGAACUUCCUGUCCAGCAUCAAUGAAGAGAUCACUCCCAGGAGACAAUCCAUGACUGUCCAGAAGGGAGAGCACCGGCAGCUCUUGAAGGACAGUUUCAUGGUGGAGUUGGUUGAGGGAGCCCGCAAGCUGCGCCAUGUCUUUCUUUUCACAGACUUGUUCCUGUGUGCCAAGCUCAAGAAGCAGGUUGGAGGGAAAAGCCAACAGUAUGACUGUAAAUGGUACAUCCCACUGUCGGACCUCAGCUUCCAGACUGUGGAUGAUUCAGAGGCCAUGCAGAACAUCUCGCUUGUGCCAGAUGAGGAGCUAGAUGCCAUGAAGAUCAAAAUUUCUCAGCUCAAAAGUGAUAUCCAGCGAGAAAAAAGGGCCAACAAGGGUAGCAAGAAUACGGAGAGGCUGAAAAAGAAGCUUUCGGAGCAGGAAUCCAUGCUUCUGUUGAUGUCUCCCAACAUGGCUUUCAGAGUGCAUAAUCGGAAUGGCAAGAGCUACACAUUCCUCAUCUCCUCGGACUAUGAACGGGCAGAAUGGCGAGAGAUCAUCCGGGAGCAGCAGAAGAAAUGCUUCAAAAGCUUUUCACUGACAUCAGUGGAACUUCAAAUGCUGACAAAUUCCUGUGUGAAGCUUCAGACUGUGCAUCACAUUCCCCUCACAAUCAACAAAGAAGAUGACGAAUCUCCUGGUCUCUAUGGAUUCCUGAACGUCAUUGUCCAUUCAGCCAGCGGCUUCAAGCAGAGCUCAAACCUGUACUGCACCUUGGAAGUGGAUUCCUUUGGGUAUUUUGUAAACAAGGCCAAAACGAGAGUCUACAGAGACACAACAGAGCCCAAUUGGAAUGAGGAAUUUGAGAUUGAGCUGGAGGGCUCACAGACCUUGCGACUUUUGUGCUAUGAGAAAUGCUACAACAAAUCCAAGCUCACCAAAGAAGAUGGAGAGACAACGGACAGACUGAUGGGCAAAGGCCAAAUCCAGCUGGAUCCACAGACAUUGCAAGAUAAAGAUUGGCAACGCACAGUCAUUUCAAUGAAUGGCGCUGAAGUGAAGCUGUCCGUGAAGUUCACGAGCAGGGAGUUCAGCUUAAAGAGAAUGCCGUCCCGCAAGCAGACUGGAGUCUUUGGAGUAAAGAUUGCUGUCGUCACCAAGAGAGAGAGGUCAAAGGUGCCUUACAUUGUACGUCAGUGUGUGGAGGAGAUUGAGCGCCGUGGCAUGGAGGAGGUGGGCAUCUAUCGAGUCUCUGGUGUUGCCACCGAUAUUCAGGCCUUGAAAGCUGCUUUUGAUGUCAAUAACAAAGAUGUCUCUGUCAUGAUGAAUGAGAUGGAUGUCAACGCCAUUGCAGGGACCCUAAAGCUCUAUUUCAGAGAACUGCCUGAGCCUCUCUUCACAGAUGAACUCUAUCCCAACUUUGCUGAAGGCAUUGCUCUUUCGGAUCCCAUUGCAAAGGAAAGCUGUAUGCUGAACCUACUGCUGUCUCUUCCAGAACCUAAUCUUGUCACAUUCCUUUUCCUAUUGGACCAUUUGAAGAGGGUUGCUGAGAAGGAAAGCAUCAACAAGAUGUCCCUGCACAAUCUGGCAACUGUUUUUGGACCUACGCUGCUCAGGCCAUCUGAGAAGGACAGCAAGAUCCCUGCCAAUCCUACCCAACCCAUAGCCAUGGCUGAUAGCUGGUCACUAGAAGUUAUGUCCCAGGUUCAAGUUCUCCUCUACUUCCUGCAACUAGAGACGAUCCCUACACCAGACAGCAAAAGACAGAGCAUCUUAUUCUCCACUGAAGUGUAGAAGCUUUGUUGAGCACUGAAGGGGCUUAUGGACUUGCCCUUGGGGUGCACUGCGUGCUCUGGGGACCAGAGAGAAACCAUUCCUUUUCUAGACAUUCCUGGCAUGUCCUUGUCCACAUGGGGGAAGCAAGUCCUCCUUCUGUUUUGUCUGGCAAAGACAGGCUGAAGAUUAAGAAAGAGAGAGAGAGAGAGAGAGACUCCUGCCUGUUUGACCCCUGGUGGGAAGGACCAUGCCAGGUGGCAGAGCAAGUACACUGUGAGUUUCCUCCACAAGAGGGAAGUGGUGGCCAGCAAGAACUGUGUUCGUGGCUAAUCAGAGAGCAAGUUUCCAAGAUACGUGUGUGUGUUUUAAAAUUAAUUCAGUUAUCAUUAGGAAGCUUUGUGAUGUCUUUUUGGACCAGCUGUGAAGACAAAGGAAAUGGAACAAAAGAGUGUGUCAAAUAGGUAGCUUUAUUGGCUGCUAUUUUUAAUUGAAUACAGAAUCUAGGGUCAUUCAUCCAUGUGGCAUUUCCUUGGAAAUACAAACCUUAAUUGAUUUGGUUUCAUAUUUCUUACCUACCCUUACCUACCUCUUUGCUUGGACACAUAAAGGAGGAGACACUAUUUUCAGUCUCUCAGAUUCCCCCCUCCCUUUGUAAGAGUGACUUGCUCAAGGAGGCAGACCCUAGUCUAUUAUAUAGAGGUCCAUAUAUGAAAAUAAUUCUGAGGAAGGAAGGGAAAUACAAGGAUAAUUAGCAAACUUUUCUUUUUGUCUGGACCAAAACAAAAACAGGCAGUACGAGUCCAAGAGACUAGCUAGAAACUUCAGGCCUUUCAAAUGUAUUUGGAUGACAUGUAAAAGCAGCCUUCACAUCUGUGGUUUUCUAACAAAAACUUUUUCUGAUUAUCUGCCCAUGUUGACUCUCCAGCAUAAACACGAUGCGUUUUUCAUAAAGAUUUUUUCCAAGAUCUAGAUUUAGUCAAUGGCUGUGUUUAGGGCUGGUUAAACUAAAGUUUUCUCAGUAUAGCUUUUUUGAUACUUGAAUUUUUAUUUUCUUUCCCGAGACUUUGUAUGUUGCUUAUGAACAGUGUCUUUCCACACCCCUUCCUUUUCUGGUAAAUAGGAAUGUUUUUAUAAGAUGUUUAAUAUCCUAUACAACUGGCGAUUGAUGAACAGGUAGAAUUUUGUAUUUUUUCAGAAGUUGAAACUCUUGUUUAUAAUUAAGGUUAUUGCAGACAUUUCUGUAGUGGAAUAAACUGCCCAUGCCAUUAGCACUAAAACAGCCACCUCUGGAAGUAUAGUACUGAAAAAGAGUCAGUACUCGGAGUAGGAAUCAUGAACGAACUGCAGAGUCCCAGAGCAGGCAAACAGGGAUUGUUUUUGCUCUGAGAUUUCAUUUGUCCUUGUUCCUGUCCCCCCAGUCAUACAGCAUAAUGGUUAGUUAUGCUUUAUUCUACCACCAACUUUGCCAAGGUCAGAAAUGGAGUGCUGACAAGAAAGAAGAGAAAUCCACUUCUUGCUCAGAGUGUGAGGACUAACGAGUUCUACUGGGUGGAAUGGGGGGGGAAACUUCCCCAAAAGACUCUAGUACCUCUGAGUUCCGAUUAAAAAAAAGACAACUGUUCUUAAUAAAUGAGAAUAAAAAGCAGCAGAGAAACAAUUGUUUCAACAACUGCUCUGAUUCUUACUGUGACAUAAUGCCAGCUGCCUUUGGUACUGUGACAUCACAAAUUCUGAAAGAAAGAAGCUUCAUUGGCUUUGUCAGUGUUUUUCAUGCUAAUGGGAAUUAUUCGUGUAGGAAUUUAAUAUCGCUUAGUGCUUUUUCCUGCCAGGGCACAGCUGUAGAAACCUCUGUUUGUGAUACUGUGCAGCAACAACCUUUUGCCUGAAUAAUUCCACUACUUUCCAAAUGUUCUUUCUCCUGUUUUCUUGCUGUUGACUCAAUCCGUUAGUUACUCUUUACAGAAGUGUGGUUUACAAAGUAUUGGGAAGGUUCUGCAAAGCAAUUUGGAAGAUAUAAAAUGUGCUUUUAAAGUUGGCUUGGUCUUUAAUUAUUUAUUAUUUAAAAGCAGUUGGAUCAUAUUAGGGCAAGUGGCUUGUUGUCUGAAUUGCCAUUUUCUGCCUUGCUGUAUUUGUCUAUAAGCAACCUUGCCUAAUAAUGGUCUGCGUACUUUUGUCUCCUUAUGUUCAUCUACCUGUUCUUCCAGGCCAAUGGUUGGGGGGUUGGGGGGAACCUCUCCAAAGGGGUAUGACUUAUUGAGGUAGAAGGUGAAUGAGCAGGCUAUUGCUCCAUCCCUCCCAUUGGGUACUGCACAGGAAAUUGAGAAUCCCGUAAUCUGGAUUCAUUCAUUAUCAAAGCAGUAAAACAAGCUGCCAUUUUUUAAUUUGGGGAGUGGUCACACUGGGCUGAAGGACAGAGGGAUCACUUAGUGGUUACAGGACCUAAGUGUACUGAACUGAACCAUUUUUUCUGUGUUAGUUUGGUCUACUGAUAGAAAUGGGAGGAGGCAACAUGGACCAUCUGUCCAAGUGACCAAAGGCACCAGGAUUCUCUUACGUUGCAUCAUCAUCCUGUCCCUAAUUUUGUUCCAUCAUUAACGUUUCUGUCUGGACACAUUCUUUAGAUUUAUGUUUAUGUUUUUAUGUUUUAAAGUUUUUGUACCGCCCUCCCCCAAAGGGCUCAGGGUGGUGAAUACAAUAAUUUAAUAUUUAAUCACUUAAAAAACCCACUAUUUUAAAACAUAAAACAGUAAAAGAUUUACAGAAGCCCGAUGUUUGCCCUUAGUCUGAAAGGAAACCUUUAUCUGUAUUUUGUUCUAGAGAGCAUCCCAGGGUGUGCAUGCAGCUGGGAAAUGGUAGAAGCAAAUAGUAACUAUUCCCUUCUCACUGUUUGCAGGCAGCCCAACCCUCUCCUGUCUUAUCCAACUGUAGAGGGCCAGUGCCAUGUGAACACAGAGGGACUGUGGUGAUGCAAAAGGCAUUGAUUGGAUUGCCAACGAAAACAUAGCAGCUUAUGUUGUACUUUGGGGGGCUUCUUUUGAAAGCUUCAGUUUUUAAGGGCUUCUCACACCUUUUUGGCCUGAUCACUCUGUUGCUCUUCCUUUCAUUGUUUGUUAUUCCAUAAUCCAGGGCUGCAGUUUAAAACUGGAAAAGCAAUACUACAAAGAUUGUGCCAAUUCAUCUUGCCUGCCUUUUUGUGUUUUUAAUUUAUAUAAAAAUUGAAAUGUUAAUAUUGAAUUAAUGCUGCAUAUUGUAUAACUGCAAGGUAGUUGCUGUCUAUAAUCUUUAAGAGGGGUAGCUGUGGAGGCUUUCUCUGUACAGACCCGGGCUAAUAUUUAAAUGCAGACAUGUGGACUAUAGGAGAGGUUGCAUAAUUCCUCGAACUACAAAUGGUUGUUCACUGAUAACAGUUUCCUCCAAAGUGGUGAUUUUGGGCAAGAAAAAUAACAGCACUCAAUUUAAAAUAAUCUGAAGGGCAAGUUUGCUCUCUUUUUUUGACGCAUUAACCAGGGAAGGCUUUUAGAAAAAAAUUAUUCUGAAUUUUAAGUGCAGCUUCUUUAUUGCCUUUACCUGGAGUACUCUUAAAACCACCAUAGCUGCCUUUCAGUAGCUUGGUCUUCACAUCAUGAUGGCCUUUCAUCCUCUUGUGACCCAGAUUAGGGUGAUACUUGAGACUACCCCAUGGUGGUAAAGACUGGGAUUGCCUUUUUCAGGAGAUCUCUGCCCCAUUGCCUGACUAAGACUGCCUUGGCAAGACCAUGGAUUUUGGCUUCCUGUUUCCAGACUAACAAAUGCCACCUUGUAAGCCCUGGUUUGGACAUGUGACUGAUAUUUCUUUCUCCUUUCCUAAUAAUCCCAAUGCCUCUCUCUACACCAGGCAGAGUGGGGUUUAAUAAGGGGUCUGGGCACCAGGUUGGUGUGUGCACUAUCAUGCAUUUCCCAUUGGAAGAGCUGAAUCAACGCUGACAAAUGCAAGAGAGACCUCAAAGAUCUCUGCUGUGACAGCUCAGCCAAUCUUGUUGGAGACUUCUCCUUCAGUCCUCCAGAGAAGGAGUAAGAUGAUGGAUUAGGAAGGAGACCUUAAGCAUAUUCCAGACUAGGGGACCAGAAGCAACACUUUUUUUUGAUCUCUAAGUGCGUCCUUUUUUUUUUUCCCCUCAAUACGGCUCAAGGGAUCGGGGAAGAUUUCCUAUGUUUUUUUAAGUAGAUGUCUUAAAUAAGGUGGUUUGGGAUUUGGCCAAGAAAAAUUCACCUUUUGUUGUUUAAAGGGUACAGAAUCUUUUCUACCUUCAUGAGUUUAUAAACAAGAGAAACCCAGAUUUGGUCUACAAAUUUUGAAAAAAAAAACUUUCCUGAGAUGGACAGCAGAAGCAGAUCAGGCAUUGACCCUACCAGUAUUAAGAUUAUGAGGGAACUUCUCUCAUUUUCUUGUCAUUAUUCCUCUGAAGGAUGAACUUUGGCAAGCCAUCUCAACCCAAUUGAAAACCACAACCAGGAAAUUGGCUCUCUAGUACUGGUUCUACAGUGGGGAUGACUGAGUUGAAGAGGUCAUCAUGUCUAGAGCUUUUGAAAUAAGUGGGUGAUCAGGCUUUUAAACUGGAUUUUCAAAUUGGUGAGUAUGUGAUUUUGGAGGUAUUGAGUCAUAUAAAAGCCAAGGAUAGCAGUGACUUGCUACAGAAUCUUUUGGAAGCCCAUUUCUGUACCUUAAUAUACAUUUCUGGAAAUCUUAGCAGCCAGUUAUUUCUCACUUACGUGGUUCCAGUUUCCCUAUCUGGCUCUUCUAUGCUGUGGUUUUGAAAGAUAUGGGGCACAGAACACUCCCUGGUUCAUAGAAUAUUAUCAGUUGAUAAACUGAUGCCUUGAGACUUAAAACAUUCAAGCACUCAUUAGGGUCCUUAAUAUGCUACCUCUUUGUCUUACUGUGAUCUUUAAAAAUGAUCAAGAGUACUCCAACUGCUUAAUGAGUGUCAGCCAUACACCACAUCCACACAAGAAGGGCUCAUCUUGUGUGGGAAAGGGGGUCCUGACAGAUUGAACCACAGUUAUGGAAAUCCCUCCCCAUGGACACUCUUGGGAAAACAAAUCUGAAUUUUUUAUGUUGAUUUUGGGUCACAAGUCGAAUGUGUUUGGCUGUUAUUAGCCGCUUUGGAUUCUAAUACAUUUAAUAGAACAUCUUUAGAUAUGCCUUUUAAGGUAUCAUCUGUCCCAAACUUGUGGAAUCAGGUGUGACAUUGUUUCUCAUGCAGCAUUCUGUAGAGAUUCCCGUGUUUGGUUGUGGUGGGUUUUCCGGGCUGUGUGGCCAUGGUCUGGUGAAUCUUGUUCCUAACAAGACCAUUGCCAGACCACCAGACCAUGGCCACACAGCCCGGAAAACCCACCAUAACCAGUUGAAUCCGGCUGUGAAAGCCUUCGACAAUACAUUCCCAUGUUUCUCUGUUCGCCUGAUCUUCCAAUCUGCUACAUCCUUGGCUCUGACCAUGAAUCUGCUCCACCCCAUGGUGUAUUCUGCAUUUGAAAACAGUUGCUAGUGGUGUUAUCUCAAGGGGAAUGUAUAGCCAUUGUUCUUUCAAAUGUGUUUGUUUGAUAAGCCUCACUCCCUUAAUACCUGUGCAGAUUUUUCUCUCUGAUGUUUCUGCAGUAAUGAAACUGGUCAGAAUAACAGGACUAUGAGCAGUAUCAAGACACUGCAUGUGGCCUUUGUCAUUCUUUUCUUACUCUUAAGUUGUGAUCUCACAAGUAGAUUAAACACUGGCAACUAUUCUGUGCUGGUGAUCUAUGCAACUAUUUUACAACAUUUAAAAGCUAGCUAUUUUCCAGUAUUAAAAAAAGCUAGGUUUCACUUGUGUCACCUUAGCAUGACCAAAAAAAAACUGAAUCCAGGGCAGGGCUGUAUAUAUAGUGCAGAACUAUGCAGAUAGCAGGAGCCACUGAGAACCACGCUCCUAAAUUCAUUGAGACUAAGUAAAUGAUCAGCUAGGCUUUUGAGGGAAGGGCAAAAUGUGUCUCACCAAAAAAACUGGUAGUCAUUAGGUUGAGAUUUAGCUCCCGUGUCAGUGCGUUCCUUGCGUAUAAGUGAAUGGUUGCCAUUCAUUCCUACAAGAAAAAAAUCACAUAGCUAAAGCAGAAACAAGCUUGCAUGGGUCACUUCUAGUCCAACCUGGAAUGGAUGGGGACUGGAAGAGCUUCCUAACUGUAAGAAUGAUGAUGUUUAACAACAGAUUGUCUAGAAAAGGUGGCAGAUGCUCUAUUGUCAGUGGUAAGGGAGAGAGAAACAUUUGGCAGGAUUUGCUUAGGUGGAUUUAAUGCCUAAGGCAUAAUAACUGACUUGGUGCAUAGCCAAGUCUGUCUUUCAUUAGAAAUCAGGGUUUAGAAUCCUUUGAUAAGGAUCAUUUUUAAUCAGGAUGUUGUUUCUGAUUGUUAGUUGGAUUUGGAAAUGACCUUAUAGGUUAUGAUUAUGUAUUUGAAUCUCCAGACUAACCUAGAUCACAAUAUAUCUGGGAACAGGGAAUUACAUGGUCUCAUUGUGUGCUCUACAAGUGGAACUUUAAAAUGCUUAAUUUUGCUUAAUUGUGUUACAUGAUACCGUUGUUUUAUACAAACAUUUGUCCUGCUGAGACUUUCUUAAAGGCAAGCUGAGAUACCCUCCCUGUGCCAGCAAAGAUGAGUUAGUUUUGAGAGGGAAGUGUACUUGCAUACACAGACAUCUUUUGUGCAAGGUGACACUUUCGUCUUUAUUGGACAAGGAAGCAACUGUACUCUGUUUAGAAAUGAGCAUGAAUGAGAAUUCAGACUUUUGAUAAAGUAGAUGUGUGUAUUGGUCAAGAAAAGAGAUGACAGGUAUUCCACUGAUUAAAUGCUUCCAUAAAUAAAGUGUAAUGAUGCAGAGCACCAUAUGAUAACUGAUAACAUCAAUUUCACAUGUUGAGGUGGUGAUCAAGUGGUAGCUGUGUUUAUCACAUGAUAGCAUAGGAAGUGCUUGCUCUUGAGUAUGUCCAUAAACUGUAUUACAGUCAUAGUAAGCUAUAAUGAAUUUAGGAAGUGAUAGUUGUCUAAAAUGGAAAUAGCAGAUAGGGUAUUUUAUUAAUCAGGGGUUUCUAAUGUAGGUCAACUGACGGAAAGAUUAAGACUAUCUCAGCUCAAGGACAGCCUUUGUUUUUAGCUUGUUUGAUGGCAAGAAAGAUGGAGAUGGUUUUGCAUCAUUAUCCUCCUGCCCAAACCUUUGACAUGAGCAGGGAGACCCAGAGUCUUAACCAUGCUUCAAUAUUCUGUUUCUUUAGUAACAUCGUCCAUCAGUGCAUGCAUGAAACAGUGGCAAUGAAUGUGACCUAGCCAAAGCGUCACUCUUUUAGAGGGGAAGGGGGGAGGGGAGAAAUGCAUAUUGAAUCCUCUGUUACAAAAAUAAAUGGAAGUUCAAAACAUGUAAUUUUGCCUGAUUUGUGUUAUGUGAUAUUGUUGUUAUUUACAGACACUUGUCCUGAGAUUUUUAUUUUUAUUUUAGAAAAUAAGCUGAGAAACUUUUCAAACAUACAGAGGGUUGUGACCGUGUACACAAGAGCUUGGUGUUUGGUUUAAAUUUGAGGGUUAUUUUUGGUGAAUGAUCACACAUAGGCUCUCAAAUGUAUUUGUCUGAAAAUUACUUAAGCAAUGUCAGUGUGGAAGGUGAAGAUAUUACACUGCAUAUACUUGCAAAUAACAUUAAUACGAUGUAGUAAAAAUAUAAAAUGAAACCAUGAAACCAUAUGGUACCGCUGAGAUUGUGAUGAUAAUAUAAAUGGAAUUAAGAUCUGAGGCCACUAUGAAAUAUGCAUUUUCCUGUUUCUUUUAAAUGAGAAUCUUUUCUUGCCUAUGUAACAUCUGUAACUUUUACUUAUUUCUACUGUUGUAAGCAUUUAUAAUUCAUAUGGAAUAGAGGAAAGCAGAUGAAUAAAACUAUUUAUUUAAAUAUAAAUGCAAUUAAAUUAUAUGCUUAGUGCUGACAUUUUCAGCUGUAGAGGGGUUUUGGGGGUGAAGUCGCUGUUGGUGGAUCAUCAGUUUUCCACUGCAGAACUAAUGUUUGUUGACACUGUUUUAACACUGCCAUGGUUCAUGUUCAAAGCAUUUCUUGCUUCAAUAUCCUAAAUAUGCUGAUGCUGAAAAGGAAAAAAAUGGAGUUGUUUUGAAGAGGUGCUGAGCACACGGAGCUGCUGUUAAAGACAUUGAUUUUGUCUGUCAAGUCCAAAAAUCUGCAGCAGAGAAGUAAUCAUGAAGAGUGUCAUUUUUUUUAAAAAAAAGUGAUGGAAAUGAAAAGGGAUUGAGAAACUGGUAUUUGGAGAAAAGAGAAGUCUGAGGUAUUUGUAGCCCUUGUUUGUACACAAUGUUAAAUAAAUUUCUUCUGUUAUCUCUGUUUAAUGAA